ACUUUAACAGACGUACGUACAAACGAGACGUUUAAGCGUUGGUUAAAAGUCUGUGUUUUUGUAAUCAGAAAGACAAAGGCGUCAAACAUAUUUUAAGUGCUGUUAUCUAUUAUAAUGCGGGUAUUCAUCAAGCUCUUCGAACUGAAGAAGCUUUUAAGCCUUUUUUCCACACUAUUCACCAUAAUAUUCAUUAAACUUAUAAAAGUACUCCCUACCACCCCUAACCUUUUAAGACCCAUGGAUACACAUACAUUUGCUGAAUUUGCACCUUUUUUCGAUAUUGGAGCAAUUUAGGGUAUUUUUCAAUGUUUGAUCUUAUGGAACUGAAACAAAGUUUUGAAAUUAAGUAUCUCUAGAGCAAGUUCCAGCAAUAAAUCUUAUUUAAAUCGAUGCUGUUUUUAACAAUCUCCUUUAUUAUUAUUGAUAUUGUCCAUAUAAUAUAUUAUGUUUUCGGGGAAAUGAAGAUUAAACUUCUAAUGCCUAGUGGACAUGGAAACGGAUUGAUAACCUUUUGUUACUUUGAUAGCAUUUUUUGUAUGAAAGUGUUUUCUUUUUUAAAAAUUCUAUUGUACCUUGCAUUUUAUAUUAACACUCACAAACCGUUGUACGCAGUUAAAAAAACUUGCCCAUUUAUUUUCACGAGCUAAGCUCAUAAAAAUUCUUAUAAUGAGAUUUACUAUUGGAAUUAUUUUAAUGUUUGCCACUUUGGCAUCAACUAGCCGGAUACAUCGAUAUGAGUCUCGCAAUAAUAUUGACAAAUAUACACAGGAAUGCGGUGUCGAGCUUAAAAUUUCACCUUCAGAUUUGAAUAAAUACAGUACACCGUACAUGCCUGAGGAUGCCGUAGGUCAAUGUUUUAGAAAAUGCAUGUUUGAAAAGUUUGGUAUUUUGGAUAAGGAUAGUGCUUUUAAGCCCGAAGAAAUAUUGAAGCUGAUGUCCCAGAAUAAUCAUCCUCUUGUUGGUGAUGCUGAUUUUAUUAGCAGGAUUGAAAAGUGCGCUAAAGAAGCUAAUUUAAUAGAAAAUGCAUGUGAACGUGCCUUGCGCGGAGCAAAGUGCUUUAAUAGUGAAUCAAUGAAAAAUAAAAAAAUCGAAUCAUAAAUUACAUUUACAAUAAACAACAAAAUAAAUAGUAUACAAUAUUU